AUGCAAAAACUUCCAUCGCGGAAUGGUCUUCUCUUCAAACUUUUCUCCACUCAUUCAUCAUGCACGAUGAUGAUGACCAAGGGUAGUCAUUCUCUCCCGAAGAAUUUAUUCCAAGCAAAAAGCAUGAAAACAUUUGGUUUUACUUUUUUAUUGGAUCCAUUUCAUCAUCAUCAAGCCUAUCAUUGCCUUCUCGGAAAAGUAUCUGCAAAAUUUAGGACAAGUUUUAGUAUCGGAAAUAUUCGGCAAGGAAAAACAAGACAAUCAGAAAAAGAAGAACAUGUAAUAACAAAGAAUCAUCAUGACGAAAAUGCAACAAUCAUUAACGAUUUGUUUUCGGAAACUAUUUAUGCAAUGACAAGCGGAUUUUCUUCAAGUUGUGCAGUUUCUGUAAUUCGUGUGAGUGGCUCGAGAGCAAUAGAUGUCGUUAAACGAAUGACAAGACUUGAUCCAAAACAAUUGGAGACAAGAAAAGCCUAUUAUUGUUCGCUGUACAAUCCCACAACUAAUUUCACAGGUACUACAAAUGUCGUACCUAUUGAUAAGAUUUUAUUACUGUAUUUUAAAGGACCCAAUAGUUUUACAGGAGAGGAUGUCAUUGAAAUUCAUUGUCACGGAAGUAAGGCUGUAAUUUCACACAUUAUGAAGGCUUUGGGUACGGAAGGAAUUGGAUUUAGACCAGCAGAUCCUGGCGAAUUUACCAAACGAGCAUUUUUGAACAGGAAGAUGGAUUUAACAGAAGUGGAAGGUCUAAGUGACUUGAUACAUGCUCAAACAGAGCAACAACGAGUACAAGCGCUUAAACAACUAAAUGGAGAGCUUAGUCAUAUUGUAACAAACUGGAAAAGAGAAAUGUUGAACUGCGUGGCACAUGUCACUGCAUUUAUUGAUUUUGGAGAUGACAAUGGACUUGAGGAAUCUGUAGUAUAUAGAGAGCGUAUUUUACCUGCUGUCAGAAAAUUGGGGUCUGAGCUAAAAUAUUAUUUAGAUAUUUCUAAAAACAGGCUAGGAGAACGGCUAAGAGAGGGACGAGGAAUACGGUGUGCCUUACUUGGUGCUCCCAAUGCAGGCAAGUCAUCACUACUGAAUGUGUUGGCAGAAAAAGAUAUUGCCAUAGUGAGCGAUCAUGCUGGAACUACUCGAGACGUUGUUGAAGUUCAGCUUGAUUUGAAGGGUUGGCCUGUCACUAUUGCAGAUACAGCAGGUCUAAGAGAGCAUACAGCUAUUUCAUUAGAUUCAGAAGUAGGAAAACAUCAUUUAAUUGAAAUUGAAGGUAUGAAAAGAGCCAUAAAGAAGGCAAAGGAGGCAGAUAUCGUCAUUAUUGUACUUGACUCUGAAAAUCAAGCAGUCACAGUGCAAGAAAUGUUUGAAUUUUGCAUGCGAAAACUUUCAGAACAUAAUCAUUCACCUGAUUCAUCAUCGAACCAGGCACAGAAAAUAUUUUUGGUUCAUAACAAGAUUGACUCGAGAAACAGUUCAACACAAAACAUCGAUGGAGCAACAACACUUCAAGAGCAGAUCCCGAAUAUUCCUUCAUUUGCAAUUUCUUGCAAAACAAAGGAAGGAGUGGAUCGAUUCAUUGAUCAUCUUUGUAAAACAGUGGAAAACAUUUUCACAGGAAAAGACGACCAAUUCUUUUCAAAAGAUAUUGGCCACCAACAAGCAGAACAUGCUCUCUUAAUAACCAGAGAAAGACACAGAGCUUCUUUUUCAAAAACUUUGGCAUGUCUUGAGAGAGCUCUCCAAGAAAACGAUCAAAUAGAAAUUGCAGCUGAACACAUUCGUCAGGCACACAAAGCUCUUUGUGAGGUUACAGGCGAUGUUGAUUUUGAGGAAAUUUUAGAUGUGGUUUUUAAGGAAUUUUGUAUUGGAAAAUAA